GUCAAAAAAUUGAGGCUAAUUCGUGAACUGUCACCAACCAUGAAAGAAAGCUGUGGUCUGCACUAUAUCAUCCCCACAAAACCUAAAUCCUUUCCCUCUUAUUACAAGCCUUAAUUUUCUUUUCUUUUUUCCUGGAGAUUUCUCUUCUUCAGAAUCUACUUUUCGUGUCUAAUACUGUAACUAUUUCUAAGCUUAAAGCUUCCUACUAGCGCUUUGCUUAAGCUUUGGUUGCUGGCUGCUGCACCUUAAAACUCCUUCCUUUAUCUUUUCUGUUACCUCUCUGAUUGGUGAGAGAGAAAGUGGAAUGCUAAGGGGGAAAGAAUUGGGAGAAAAUUAGCGAUGGUGGUGAGGAAAGUAGGGAAGUAUGAGAUUGGAAGGACAAUCGGAGAAGGAACCUUCGCGAAGGUUAAGUUCGCUCAAAACACGGAGACUGGCGAAAGUGUUGCCAUGAAAGUCCUCGAUCGCGGCACCAUUAUCAAACACAAGAUGGUCGAUCAGAUCAAAAGGGAGAUAUCUAUAAUGAAGCUUGUUAGACAUCCUUACGUUGUUCGUUUGCACGAGGUCAUAGCAAGUCGAACUAAGAUUUAUAUUAUCUUGGAGUUCAUUACGGGUGGUGAAUUGUUUGAUAAAAUAGUUCAUAAUGGUCGUCUUAGUGAAGCAGAAGCUAGAAGAUACUUCCAACAGCUCAUUGAUGGUGUGGAAUAUUGCCACAGCAAGGGAGUCUACCACAGAGAUUUGAAGCCUGAAAAUCUUUUACUUGAUUCCCAAGGAAAUUUGAAGAUUUCAGAUUUUGGCCUUAGUGCGUUGCUUGAACAAGGAGUUAGCCUCCUGCGGACAACAUGUGGGACUCCUAACUAUGUGGCACCAGAGGUUCUCAGUCACAAGGGAUAUGAUGGUGCUGUGGCAGAUGUUUGGUCUUGUGGGGUCAUCCUUUAUGUUUUGAUGGCAGGUUAUCUUCCAUUUGAUGAGCUUGAUCUCACCACGCUAUACAGUAAGAUUGAGAGAGCAGAAUUUUCUUGCCCUUCUUGGUUUCCUGUGGGAGCAAAAUCCUUGAUUCAUAGAAUUCUAGACCCAAAUCCUCAAACUCGUAUUACAAUUAAGCAAAUCAGGAGUGAUGAGUGGUUUAAGAAGGGCUAUGUUCCUGUCAGACUUCUUGAGUAUGAAGAUAUUAACUUGGAUGAUGUAAACGCUGUUUUUGAUGAUCCAGAGGUCAAUAAGGAAGAAAGGGGUAAUGAGCAAUCCGGAAAUGAGGAUAUGGGUCCAUUGAUUCUUAAUGCAUUUGACUUGAUCAUUCUUUCUCAAGGCUUGAACCUUGCAACGCUUUUUGACCGUGGACAGGACUCCAUGAAGUAUCAGACACGCUUUGUUUCACAGAAGCCAGCAAGGGUUGUUCUGUCUAGCAUGGAAGUUGUUGCACAAUCAAUGGGCUAUAAGACACACAUUCGCAAUUAUAAGAUGAGAGUUGAAGGUCUUUCAGCUAACAAGACUUCUCAUUUUUCAGUUAUCCUCGAAGUUUUUGAGGUUGCUCCCACAUUUUUGAUGGUUGAUAUUCAAAAAGCGGCUGGUGAUGCUGGAGAAUACCUAAAGUUUUACAAGACAUUUUGUAGCAACCUUGAGGAUAUCAUAUGGAAACCACCUAACGAAUCAAGCAAAUCAAGGAUCACCAAAUCUAAGAGUAAAAGGCGUUGAUUUUUUAUCCUGUAAAAUUGCCUGUAUUUUGAUACUUUUUACAUAUGCUUAGGCGAUACAACCUUGAGGUCAACAUUACGGCUUACCUAACCCCACAUUAUAUUCUUCCCGCAACUCCUCUCCUUCCCUGAAGAGAAAUAGGAAAAUGUAGUAUUUAUUUCUACGUUUUUCUAUGGUUAGCGUUUGUAAAGCUCUCUUUAUCUUAAUCCAUAAUUUGUCUCCUUAGGUAAUGUGCUAUAUAUUGUAAUCAUGUGAGUGCAAGUACUUGACUUUCAAUGAGAUCAUAUGAAGAAUAGAUAGUUGUUGAUGACU